UCACUCACAAAUAAUUCGUCAAUUAUUUGUGAGCAAAAUUGAUUUUCUUCAUCAUUUUAGUGUGUAGAAGGCGCUUUGGCAGGCGAACAAGAACAUAAUUGAAAAUAUAGUUUCUCAAUCUUUACAUGUUUCCAAACACAAUAUUCUCAUAUUUAUAAGGAAUCAUAUUCCAGGGAAUCGUGAAUCUCAGAAAUCAUAAUCCAAGAAAUUAUUUUUGGUGAUAACUUUACUUUUCUGCCAAACAAACAUGGCCUUAGUCUGAAAAAAGCCAAUAAAUUUACUUGUUAUCUCCAAAAGUUAUUCAAAUGAUAUGUUCAUUACUUUGCGUACCAAGCAUGAAAAACGGUUUAUGAUGGAUAACGAAUUGGACAUCUCAAUACCUUAGAAAAAAAAUUAAAUUAAACUCAACCACAAAGAAAGGUCCUCUGCAAUUUGCAUAAUAAAAAUGGAAAAAGAUCAGAAGAAGAAGCAUGUUUUUCGACUCAAUACAUUCAUUUUACUACUUUCCCUCCCUUUGCUCGGCUUUGGUCUCGAUUUCUCCGUAUUCGGGCAGAGAAUUUCCUUGAGUAAACACUUUUUCGGCGGCAAAACCGCCGUGAAGAAGACGGUGGAUGAGAAGGAAUUUAUCAAAUUUCAUGUAUCAAGACUAGUUCGAGGGGAGGAUCGUAAGAAACUUGAUGAGACGGGCUUCGCCUGCGACACGGCAAUCCAUUCCAUCCACUGCGUAUCCACUAAACCCGUAAGAAUCGACACACGGAACAUGACCGUGUACAUACCCUCCGGUUGGGACUCGCAGAACGAGACGUCUAUCCAGCCGUACGGGCGACAAGGAGACUUACCGAAACAAAUCUCCCCUGUUCGGAUGAUCCUGUAUGGCAACAACACGGACCCGCCCCCGUGCGAGUUCCACCACCGCCUCCCGGCCGUGGUGUUCUCCUCGGGGAGCACGGGGAACACGUUCCAUGAGAUUAGCGAGAUCAUCAUCCCCUCUACAUCACCACCAAGCAGUUCGGGUCGCGCGUGCUCCUCGUCGUCGAGGACUACAAUCCUUCGUUCAUCGCGAAAUACCGCACCAUCCUCUCCCGUCUCUCGUCACGCGAGCCUAUCGACGCGGCCGCGAAUGCUACCAUCCAUUGUUUCCGUCUACCGUAAUCGGGCUAAACCUGCGGACGCGUACGUGUCGCAGGUACCCAGGCCGAGGCUGGUGUUUCUGUCGCGCACUAGCACAAGGAGGUUCCUCAACGAGGACAAAAUGAUCGACAUGAUCAAGGACGUCGGGUUCCAGGUACUCGUGGUUAGACGGUUGAAACUAGCGUCGAACCUCGAGAAAUUCUCGCGGCUAAUAAACUCGUGCAGCGUGCUGCUCGGCAUCCAUGGUGCCGGGCUCACGAACGAUAUAUUCUUGCCCACGGGCGCCGUGAUGAUCCAAGUGGAGCCUCUGGGCCUCGAGUGGGUUUCCAACACGUACUUUGGCAACACGGCCCGCGCGAUGGGCGUGCACUACCUGCGCUACCGGAUUGACCGAGACAGAGCUCGCUGGCAAAGGUAUACGGCCGCAACAGCUCGGUCGUUACCGAUCCGAGAUCAGUGUUCAUACAGCAUGGUAACAGACAAGCGAGAAAUAUAUUUCUUGAUCAACAGAAUGUAA